AUGAAAAAAAAAAAUUUAACAUCUAUUGAUUUAAGUACAUCUAUCUUUUCAGGUAAGAGCUAGAAAAAUAAUUAUUCAAUCUCAAAUCCUUAAUCAAAUCGAAGUCCAAGUUUAUAGAAGGCAAUUAAUAGAUUAAAAUAGGAUAGUAGAGCAUCCUUAAUUGGGAUUAGUACAAUUAGCUAAACAUAAGUAUCAAUUUUACUGAUAUUAAGAUUCCUAAAAGAAGAGGAUAUUAUGAAGUGAAAAAUAGCCAAAAUACUUAUAGAAUUAGUCAUCCAUACUAAGAGCCAAAAAUAAGUCUUGAUUAAAAUGAUCAUAAAAAAGAAACCAUUAGAAAAAUAUUUUCUUUAUAAGCAUAUUGUAAAAGCCAAUCAGCUUUAUAAUUGGCAGCUUAAAAAUAUACAGUAAAAAGAACUACAACUGAUAAUUCUUAAAUUUUUAAUUCCCCAAGGCCAAAGUUACUAGAUAAAUUUAGUAAAGAAAUAAUUAAAUGUAAAACUGAAAAAGAUGUAAUAAAGUAAGUUCUAGUUAAAGAAGUAACAAAAAGAAUACCAAAAAAAUCUAAAGAAAUUAAUUAUGAACUUGAUACCAUGUUUUAAAAUUAUGAAAAGUAUGCCCAAUUAUGUUUAUCUCCUAAUUCAUUCAUUAAUCAACCAAUCAUAUAUAAUGGUUAUUUUAAAAUAUAUACUUAAUCAUAAAAGGAGUAGAUUAUUUUAGAUUAAAUUGGAGAAAAAGAAAAAUCUUUAAGUGAUGAAUCAGAAGCAUAUAAGGAUUUUAUUGAAGAAGUAGAUGAAGCUACAAUUUAAAGAGAUGUUUAUCAUAGUAAUUUGAGGAAUCCCUUUUUGGAUGAUAAAAUUACUGUUCGUUCAAUGAAAUAAGCUGGUUUUUUAAAGAGAAGACCAACAGAUAUUCUAUGAU